GUCAGUAUUGGACGGCCCAUAAUGCUGAUAAAGACCGCACCUUAUCUUGACAGAUUACCCGAUCGUGUGCAGAAAUACGUAAAAGCUUUGGCUGUACUGCUUUACUAUUUGAUACCAGCAGUGGCUUCAUGUUUACUUUUUUUGAUAAUCUCCUUCAGGCCCAGACAGCAUAUGAACAUAUGAAAACAUUAAUGGCGGUGGUAAUGUCCGUGUCAGUCGCCGCCGCUGUCGUUUUAGCUGUUAUUGAUCUGAAUAUAUUUUCAACUGUGUGCCUCGAAACCUUCAAUGGCGCUUUGCUUGCUCUUUUCAUCCAUCAAUCUAAUAACGCUAAUUUCGACCUUUGUGCAAUCCGUAUUGUGAACAAUCCAUGCAUCAACAAUAUACCGAUAGUUGCAACAUUGCCACCUCUCAUCGUGGCACUGAUGAUGCUUCUGUUUUUUCAAAAGCAUUACUUUCAGCAAAAACCUUUCGGUUGUCUGCAUAUUGCUGUGGCAUCUGUUUUUGUGAGUUUGUUCAGCCUGCUGGAUAUAUCAUUUUUUGUGCUCAUGGGAUUUAUCCUUCAAGAUUUUACCAAAGAUCGUGCUGGAUAUGUGGCUUUGGUCAUUUUACUCCAUGUUUUAGCAGCAACAUCGUUGUUCAAACAUCCAACACAUUUGCCGGAGUUUCUUCACGUUAUGAUCUUCAUGUUUGGAUCUGUAGGACUCGUUGUUGUAAAUUCACUCGUUCUUGUCGUGGAACUAUUUCUAAAAUCAGGGAAAGGAGCACGGACUGUAGAAGAUCUACGUGUGAUCGUUUUACCGUUUGAAACUGCGUUUGUUUUGGCUUGGCUCGCUUUGCAAAUCUACAGUGCCUGGAUGAGAUUACAAGUCCGAAAAAAAAAAUUUUUGAAGAAGGGAGAGUCCCAGCACCUGAGGAAAUGGAGGCUCUUCCUGUCUGAUGUAUCUGAGAAGAUCAAUAAACUGUGAAUCUGCAUAAAAUAUUAUAACCCACACCUUAUCAGUGAAUUAUUGAAGAAACUGGUCAUAUGUUCUAAAGAAACAUUGUGAAAGUAUCGUACAUUUCCAGCUCAUAAAAGACUAAUGUUUGGUUACUGUACUGUUUCCGUCCUUAUCACUCUAGUUCAAUUCUGUUUUAACAAAUGUUUACAGACAUGUUAUCCUUAACCGUCUACUUCCAUUUAAUCCUAGAUGUUUAACCCAGGGGGGCACAGUGGCUUAGUGGUUAGCACGUUCGCCACACACCUUCAGGGUUGGGGGUUCGAUUCCCGCCUCCUCCUUGUGUGUGUGGAGUUUGCAUGUUCUCCCUGUGCCUUGGGGGUUUCCUCUGGGUACUCCGGUUUCCUCCCCCGGUCCAAAGACAUGCAUGGUAGGUUGAUUGGCAUCUCUGGAAAAUUGUCCGUAGUGUGUGAUUGCGUGAGUGAAUGAGAGUGUGUGUGUGCCCUGCGAUGGGUUGGCACUCCGUCCAGGGUGUAUCCUGCCUUGAUGCCCAAUGACGCCUGAGAUAGGCACAGGCUCCCCGUGACCUGAGGUAGUUCGGAUAAGCGGUAGAAGAUGAAUGAAUGAAUGUUUAACCCAUUACAUUUUGUUACCACUUUUCAAAUUGCCUGUUUUGUAUAGUAAAAAUAGUUUGUUGUUUAAGUCUUCAAAAUACUGGACCCUUCACCCUAUAAAUAACGAUGCUUCAUUUUAACCUUGAGGAUUAAGUUAUGUGUAAAAAUGUAUUCUUCUUUUGAAAUUGUAAUAAAGCAGAUUUAUGGAUUUCAGACCAAGGCGCCAGAUUUUCAACCUUAGUUCAUUUUGUACUGCCAUUAGUUUUCAAAUUGCUGUAAUUUUAUUUUUUAAAGAGAAAUCCUUAUCAAUCUAAAAGUAGCAAGGCAAUAUUUUAACCCGGAGAUUUGCUGUCUGUGUCCUCCAUGGCCUCUGAUUUCUUUUUCCAUUUGAGACAGUCAGGUAACAGAUGUAUGGAAUUCAGAACAAAAUUAAAAACAAAGCAGACUUAAUGAGUUUAUAUGGUUAACUGUUUGGUUGUUUGUUUUAAUGGGAAAGGAGUUUUUUACUCCUGCUAUUAUUUUACUGCUGUUUGAAUUAUUUAUUACAUUCAUUUUAACUAAAUAAUAUCAUUUCUGGACAUAUUUGUACUUCUUAUAAAACCUUUAUAGCCUCACAUUAUGCACAUGGUUCUAAGAGGUUUUAUUCUAUUGGUAAAAUUGUGUGUUGAAUUUAUAAUUCAGAGAAAUACAUUGAUAUUAAUACAGAUUGCCGUUCUACAGUAAUGUUUAUGUCCAAAAUAAAGUAAGUACUGACCAGUAUA